AUGAUAACACAACAACAAGAGGUAUUCAUGCAUGAGGAACAAAAACAAACGUCAGAAAUAACAGCAAUCAUCACAACCAACUCAAAAACCACAACCACAACGAAUCCAAUCCAAUCAUCCUGCAUUCACGCUGAUUCACAACAAGAAUCAACACAACCAACAUCACUUGGUGAGAUGGAAGAUGCAACACCUUCGUCGAAAGGACUUGCCCUUUCAGCAUCGAUCACUCUUUCAUCGGUUUCCUCUUUAGAAACACCCUCACAAGUCAUACCAACUGCUUCAGAAGUUGAAAAUACGAAUCCUGAAGGAAAUAAUCCAAUAAUAAUAAUAACAACCAACAAUUCUUACGACGUGUCGUCUUGUCAAGAUGAGAAGAACGAAGAGAAUCACAACCAACAACAAGACUCAUCAUCAUCACAACAACAACAACCACCACAAGAACAACCUUCCAACAACAAAACAAUGCAAACACAAGAAGAAUCACAACCCUCUACUCAACCCUCUACUCCUCGACGACCUUUAUCACAGGAUGAUCAUUCCUCUCCUCAACAACAGUCUUCAUUGAUUCGAAGAGAAUCUUUGGCUGCGAGAGUGCUAAGCCGAUUUCAAAAACAAAAAAAGAUCUCCGAUUCAACUUUGACAACGGACAAUGACAAUGGAUCAACAAGUGCCAAGCAAGAUGGAAAUGUGGAUGAUCCAUCCUAUCCGAAUACUGUGGUGUUCAAAAUUCCAGCUUCUGAAAAAAAGAAGUCAACUCUUUCCAAAUUAAGUAAUUCCACUGCUGUUGUCAUAAAAGCAGUACAAGAGGGAUCGACCAUUAAUAUGCAGACCAUGCAAGAUUACAUUUUCGAUUUUGAUCGUAUUUUUAUCGAUAAGAACAUGUUCAAAGCUUUUUACAAUUAUCUCGAAACCGAACACAAUACAGAGCCAUUGGAGUUUGUUCAACAAGUGAAUGAAUUGGAGAUGGAUUAUUAUAAAUUGAUGAGAGCGAUUAAGAGUUUGACCACCAACAGCAGUAACAGUAGUAGUAGUAAUGGAAAUAAUAAUUCUACUGGAACGAGUAGUAGUGGUGGUGUUGGCGGUGGCGGUGGUGGUGUUGGUGUUGGUGCAGCAACAGCUGUGAAUUCGAUCAGUAGUAGUGGUAGUACUAAUAAUCUCACUCAGGCAAUGAGUGUCCAAUCAUUCAUCAUGUCCUUGUUUGGAAAAAAGGAACAAACACAUUUUCAAACAUCAUCAUCACCGACCUCACAAGACUUAACGAACAAUGGUGUGGAGGAGGAUUCAUUGGUGAUCGAAAGUACUACAAACCCUACACGAAAUCCAAAUGUUCCAUCAUUGAACCUUAAAUUAAGCUCAUUGACAAAGAAGGAUGAUGAUGAGGCGGCAGAUACUGCUUCAAAUUUAGUGAAAAACUCGUCAUCUACAACAUUAACGACAACCAAUGAAAAUCAAAAUACGGUAGACUCCAAUGCUUCUUCCUCACUCAUUCCACAUUCAACGCAACAAAACGAAAACAACGGACGAGAUCAACAACAGGAAAGAAAUGCAUCUCCAGAAGAAGCCACUUCAGCUCUCUCUCGAAUGGCUCUUCCCUCAAAUACACCUCGUUCCAAGCAAGAAAGCAUCAAUAGUAUGAAACGAAAAAUCAUUAUGAGUGCCAUCAAAAUUAUGAAAGAAUUUAUUGAGGAAGAUUCCAAAAAGGAAAUCAAUAUUUCCUCUCGUGACAAGACCACUUAUGUGAAUUUAUUUUGGAAAUACAAACAAUAUCAAAAUUUUGAUGAAUGGGUUUUGCCACAAUUGCCUCACUUGUUAUUUAGAACUGUGAAAAAUUCAGUCCUUUUCGAAUUGGAGAAUGACAGUUUUCCUCGAUUUGUGAGAAGUGAAUUGUGGUUCAAAUGUGUACAACAACAAGGAGUGGUCUAUUUAAAUAAGAUUGGUCGUUUGAAAGAGGCCACAUUCUUUCCCUAUACAGAUGAUGAUUUCAAGUUGCCAAUGGUCUUUGAUCGAGAUAUUGAAUUUAUGGAAUAUUUGGCACGAGAUGAUUACAAUUGGAAGUUAAUUGGAUCUACGAAGGAACCAAGUAUUAAUGUGUACAAAAUUUCAGGAAAAAUGUUGUUUCCUAAUGUGGAAAUGUAUCAAAAGAUGCAAACCAAUAAGUGGUGGGGAAUUUUACCACAUCCUUUUGCCGUUCGUCAAUGUUGCAUGCCAGGAUUUCAUGUGCACAGAUAUGACCCAAAUAUUACAAGUUGUGAAGAACUUGCUUAUUAUGAUUUUGAAACUCUGAAAAAGAUGUAUCCUAAUGAGAAAUUCAAGCGUGGUAAACGAUCUGUCUCGAUCAUUCGUUAUGGAGUUUGCUUUCCAUUCCCUUUCAAAACCAAACGAAGUUUCCUUAGUGCCUGUACAUCAUACUAUGACAAGAAUGAACAAAAAUUGACAUUAUUGUAUAAACCUUGUGAACAUGAAAAAUUUUACAAAGAUGGCAAGAAUGUGAAUGAAGGCAAAAAGCUUAUCGAUAUUCGAGAUUUCCAAUUUUACCAAAUUAAGAAAUUAGACUCUCACCGAACCAUUAUUUCACAAAUUCACUUACUCGAUGUUGGAGGCAAUGCCAGACCUGCCAUCAACAUGCUUCGGAUGGACAGAGCAAAAGGAAUGAUGAAGGGUUUCAAUGAAUACAUUCGAAAAAACAUUAACAACAUUCCAGAAAUAAGUCCAAAUGAUCCUGUCUGGAAAACUGUCGUUGAAUGUAUGGGUAAAGAAGACGCUCACAAACUAGACCUUUCUGCCACUCUCUACAAUGAUCUCACUUCCGGUCGAAAUAUCUCCAAUAUGAGUUUGGUGAAUACUAUCAAGAAGUAUAAGGAAAGAAAACGACUCGAAAAGAAACAACAGAAAAAGAAGUUGAAACAGCAACAACAUCAGCAAUUGACAUCACCCUUCACACAUGGAGGAGAUUUGAUGGUUCCUUCCUCGUCAUCGAAUAACACGGCUUCAGAGAGUUCAAAUCUAUCCACAAUUACGACCACACGAGGUGACAUAUCGUCGACCACAAUGUCUCCUGAAAUGAUCAUUCAAGAAGAAGAAGAAGCCAUGUUAACUGUCUUCGAUGCAGAUCUCGAGAAUUUCAGCAUGACAGGCACAGAUAAGGAUGAAAGUGAUGACGAAAUGGACGAAGACAUUGAAGAGGAUGAAAUGGUUCAAUAA